AGGAAGCGGCCAGCCGGGCGGUGGGGAGAACCGGGAACCCGUGUGUGCCAGGCUGGAGGAGAAACAGGAGGAGGGAGAAGGAGGGGGUUGGAGGACGCGGCCACCUGCCCAGGUAGGAGCCAAUCCGCCUUGCCGCACCUUAGCACAGGGCCUCGGCUACACACAGGCGACAGACCUUGGCUAAUCUAGGCUGGACCGCGGCUUCGCUCCAGUGGCUGAGGCUGAGCGGGGACCCGCCGGACUCCAGCGCGCGGGACUUGGACUCCGGCCUGCAAACCCGUGCGUCCGGGGUGCGGGGGAGCGCGGUCUCCCACGGGGCCGAGCCCGGAGCUCCGCCUCUCGACGGCUGGCUGGUCGGCGAGCCGGGGACACUUCCACGGUGCGCGCCCCCGAAGCGAAGCAGCGUCCCCAAGCAUUUGAGAUCCGGGACUGCGGUCGUGCGCGCCCGCGAGUCGCUGCAGAGUCCCAGCGCCUCUGAAAUGCGGUACUUCUCCACAUACCUCCCAGAGCUCUGACGGGGUGCAGACAUGGCGGGCAAUGCUGUGGACAACGCCAACCACCUGACCUACUUUUUUGGCAACAUCACCCGGGAAGAGGCCGAAGACUACCUGGUCCAGGGAGGCAUGACCGAUGGGCUCUACCUGCUACGCCAGAGCCGCAAUUACCUGGGUGGUUUUGCUUUGUCAGUGGCACACAACAGGAAGGCACACCACUACACUAUCGAGAGAGAACUUAACGGCACCUACGCCAUCUCCGGGGGCAGGGCCCAUGCCAGCCCCGCAGACCUCUGCCAUUACCACUCCCAGGAACCCGAAGGCCUUGUCUGCCUCCUCACGAAGCCCUUCAACCGGCCCCCGGGGGUACAGCCCAAGACCGGACCCUUUGAGGACCUGAAGGAGAACCUCAUCCGGGAAUAUGUGAAACAGACCUGGAACCUUCAGGGCCAGGCUCUGGAGCAAGCCAUCAUCAGUCAGAAGCCCCAACUGGAGAAGUUGAUCGCCACGACGGCUCAUGAGAAGAUGCCCUGGUUCCAUGGCAACAUCUCCAGAGACGAGUCAGAGCAGACGGUCCUCAUAGGGUCAAAGACCAACGGAAAAUUCCUGAUCAGGGCCAGAGACAACAAUGGCUCCUUUGCACUGUGCCUGCUGCACGAAGGGAAGGUAUUACACUAUCGCAUCGACAGGGACAAGACCGGGAAGCUUUCCAUCCCAGAGGGGAAGAAGUUUGACACCCUCUGGCAGCUAGUGGAACAUUACUCUUACAAGCCAGAUGGGCUAUUAAGAGUCCUCACGGUACCAUGUCAAAAGAUUGGCGUGCAGAUGGGCCACCCAGGAAGUUCAAAUGCCCAUCCUGUGACUUGGUCACCGGGUGGAAUAAUCUCAAGAAUCAAAUCCUACUCCUUCCCAAAGCCUGGCCACAAAAAGCCUCCCCCACCCCAAGGGAGCCGUCCGGAGAGCACCGUGUCCUUCAAUCCCUAUGAGCCAACGGGAGGGGCCUGGGGCCCAGACAGAGGCCUUCAGAGAGAAGCCCUGCCCAUGGACACCGAGGUGUAUGAGAGUCCUUACGCUGACCCUGAAGAGAUCCGGCCCAAAGAGGUCUACCUGGACAGGAAACUGCUGACCCUGGAGGACAAUGAACUGGGCUCUGGCAACUUCGGGACUGUGAAAAAGGGAUACUACCAAAUGAAAAAAGUUGUAAAAACAGUGGCGGUGAAAAUCCUGAAGAAUGAGGCCAACGACCCGGCUCUGAAGGACGAGCUGCUGGCGGAGGCGAACGUCAUGCAGCAGCUGGACAACCCCUACAUUGUGCGCAUGAUCGGAAUCUGCGAGGCGGAGUCCUGGAUGCUGGUGAUGGAGAUGGCGGAGCUGGGGCCCCUCAACAAGUACCUGCAGCAGAACAGGCACAUCAAGGAUAAGAACAUCAUCGAGCUGGUUCACCAGGUUUCCAUGGGAAUGAAGUAUUUGGAGGAGAGCAAUUUUGUGCACAGAGAUCUGGCCGCGAGGAACGUGCUUCUGGUCACCCAGCACUACGCCAAGAUCAGUGACUUCGGUCUUUCCAAAGCCCUCCGUGCUGAUGAAAACUACUACAAGGCCCAGACCCACGGGAAGUGGCCGGUGAAGUGGUACGCCCCCGAAUGCAUCAACUACUAUAAGUUCUCCAGUAAGAGUGACGUCUGGAGCUUCGGAGUCCUGAUGUGGGAAGCGUUCUCCUACGGGCAGAAGCCAUACAGAGGGAUGAAAGGGAGCGAAGUGACCGCCAUGCUGGAGAAAGGAGAGCGGAUGGGGUGCCCUCCAGGAUGCCCGAGAGAGAUGUACGACUUGAUGAACCUAUGCUGGACUUACGAUGUGGAGAACCGGCCAGGAUUCGCGGCCGUGGAACUGCGGCUUCGCAAUUACUACUACGACGUGGUUAACUAAGAGCUUGGGUGCCUGUCCGCGGCCACCUCAGAUUCUCAAGCGAUCGCAGGAAAUUCAUUCAGAUGAACUGGCUCUCAGAGUUUCAUCUCCCUCUGCCCAGAGGGAGAGCUAACCAAGCAAAGCUAGGAACUCACUCUCGCAACAGUUCUGGUCCCAAAAGACAGACAAGCAGCAAGCCCGCGGGACCUGAGGACUCGUCUGUCUGGCUUUUGUUUCCAUCUGUGUGGUUUUCGUCUUGGGUCACGUUCCAGGAACCAUUUCCAAAUUCUCUUGAUGUCAUUCCGUUGCUCUGGGGCCAGGAUUUCAGUGUCGCCCCCUGCAGGUCAGAAAGAGAAGUGCUUCGCCAUUUCAGCAAAGGACUGAGAGAAACCUCACCAAUGCCGUUGGCAAGGCGGAAGACGGUUAAGGAAAAUGACAGACUCAGGCACUGCUUUUGCUCUCAGCACUGAGACUGAAACACCACGUGAAUGGGAUGCUGAGACAUGCUGGCUUGGUUUGCACGCCCCUGGAGUCCGCCUCCUUGUAGAAUGACUUGAAGUCCGCUGUUGUGUGCUUACAGGAGGAGGCGUGAAUAGCAUUCUGCAUGAAGGCUGCCAGGCAGGGUGGGCUCCCAUGAUCCUCUGCGACUGAGCCGAGUGUAUCAGGCAUGGGUCAGACUCCCUCUGCAGAAGGAAUGAAUGCAUCCAGGACUCCUUGUUGCGGCCACAAUACCUGACCAGCAACCUCAGGGAGGAAACGCUUGUUUGGGCUCACAGGCCAUCAUGGUGGCAAAGACUUUACAACAGGCAGGAAAGGCUUGAGGGCAUGAACAAGAAGCUGGAAGGUCACGUGGUAUCCACACUGAGGAAGCGAAGAAUGAACAGGAAGUAGGACCAGGCUAUAAGGCCCCAAAGCCCACCCACCCCACCCUACCCCCCACC